AUAAAAAAUCUUGAUAAAACACAUAUUUAAUUUCUGAUAUCCAAAGGUUGUACAUACUGUACACAGUAUAUACACACACAGGUUUGUUGUUCCUGUCACCUGAUUCAGUGUCAUCAUCACCCUACACGCAAUGGAAGUGGAGUAGAUGUUUUCAGAAUUGAUACUUUUUGACAUUGGAGUAGUUUCUGCAAUAUUUCAGUACUACGUUUGACUCGUUCAUUAAUGAUUAACUUUACGUGAAAAUAUCGAAAAAAAUUUCAGUUGCUUUAAAGGGAGAACAAAGGGCGAGUUAAAAUUAACCUUUAAAUUUACCAAAAAUGUUGAAACCAAAAGCUUUAACUCAAGUUCUCAGCCAGGCGAAUACUGGCGGUGUUGAAAAUACAUUGCUUUUGAAUCAUGAGGGAGCAUUAUUGGCAUAUAGUGGAUAUGGAGACAGAGAUGCUCGUGUAACUGCAGCUAUUGCCAGUAAUAUAUGGUCUGCCUAUGAAAAUAAUGGAAGAAACGCAUUCAAAGAAGAUAGAUUACAAUUAGUACUCAUGGAAUGCAUGGAGGGGAAAGUUGCCAUCACUCAAGUUGCAAAUCUGCUUCUGUGUUUAUAUGCCAAAGAAACUGUUGGAUUUGGUCUGCUCAAAGAAAAGGCUCAAGCCCUCGCAGCUUAUCUUGAUGGACCCUUGAAACAAGUUGCUACAUCCUAAAGUGAUCAUUACAAUAUAGAACCAAGUGAUCUUCAAUUUUGAUAUGUGAAAUAUUUCGUUAUGCAAAAGAAGUUGAAAACUGUGAAGAGUGACGAAGUGAAUAUACUACAAAUGUAUAUAUUUUGAGUUCAUUUUGAUUUUCAUACAAUAUUCCUUUGAAAACUGCUGUGAAUAAUUAUGCUGGUGACUUCUAUUGUGGUAAUUCUGGACUUUCUUUUGUAGGAAGUUUGUAAUAGCAUGAUUAUUUGUUGUAACAUGUGUAUUUAGGAUAUUCAAAAAUGUAAAUAACACAUUGUACAUGUCCAAGUUUAUUUUGUUCUUAGACUGCCAACACAUUUCCCUACCUCACAGGUACAAGUCACUAUUAAAGCUCCAUGUCACAGAUAAAAAAAUGAGUAAGUCUAUCAUUACAACAUAUAACAUGCAGGUGUAUACAGAUUUGUGUGUGUGUGUGUGUUUGUUUUUUGUAUACAUAUAUUUUUUUAAAUAUAGAAUUUGUAAAUGGCA